GCGUCAGUUGCUCAACGUGUUUACCUGUCUUCAGACGUGUUUUCCCGCUAAACACGCGCCCGUGUGCCCCCCUCUCUCUCUCUCUCACACUCACUGGAUAUAGCCCUCUCGCUUGCACUCGGUAAAUAUUUUUGUGUAUUUUAUGUGUGUGUUUGUGUGUGUGUAUAUUCAAUUUAAUUGAAUGGAAAGAAAGCCAAGUUAUACAAAUGGUAUGCAAAUGCAAAUAGUUGCGUGAUAAAAAGUGAAAAAAUAAUAUAAUAAAUGUUGAAUAAGUUACUUAAAUAGCAAUUAAAAGGCAGUAACAACAACAACUACAACAACUCAUCAACUUGAUCAAGGUGCAUACACAACAAGAUUGGCUGAAUCUCUAACGUCAUGGUAUGAAGGAACCGACAAACACUUUGGAUGAAAUUGUGCCCAGCAGGCUGACGUCAGCCGAACUGAGGGCGAUGGCUUUGCGACAGCAGCAGCAAAUCGACAGCCAGCACCAGCUGCUGGCCACAAAGGAGCAGCGUUUGCGCUUCCUUAAAUCGCAGGAGGUGCGCAGCGCCGUGGCCAGUGCCGAGGGUGAACGACUGCGUCGUCUGCGGGAGCGUGUGGAGGCGCAGGAGACCAAACUGCGACGCCUGAGAGCACUGCGGGGUCAAGUGGAUCUGCAGAAGACCUACAAUGUAACACUGAGCAAUGACCUGGACUCGAUACGAGCCUUAUUCAGCGAAAAGGAAAAAGAGCUAAGCCUGGCCGUGGCCAAAGUGGAAGCCCUUACAAGACAAUUGGAGGAACUGCGUCGCGACCGACGAUGUCCGGUCAAUUUGCUGGCUGCCGCUGCCGCAGGCAAUGGAGUUGCUCAAACUUUGCCGCCCCAAGCAUCGCGGGAGCUAGAGAAAUUGCGCCGAGAACUGAUGUACCGGAAUCAAUUGUCGCUGCAACAGGAUGCACGUUUGCAUAUGCAACGCGAAGCACUGCAGCAACGUCAGGCGGAAUUACGUUCCGUGGAUCAGCGUAUUUAUGAGCUGCAAACACGCCUGCAGCGCAAGAAACAGGCCAACAAUCAUCACCAGCAGCAACAACAAUUGCAACAACAGCAACAGCAGCAGCAGCAGCAACAACAACAGCAACUGCAACAGCAAUUGCAACAACAGCAGCAGCAGCAACAACAACCACCACAGGCUAGCAAACAUGUAGCUGGAAGCGUAGGUGCUCCUCCUGGAGGAUCAAGUGCUGCUGCUGCUGCAGCUGGAAGUGGUGGAGUCGCUGCCCUUAAGCAGCAAUUACUACAGAAACAGGUCAACCAGCUGGCUGCUGCAGCAGCUGCUGCUGCCGCUGGUCGUGCCCGUGGAAAUGUCGCCGCCGUCGAGCCAUUUAUUCAUACACCGCAAAAGUCUACCAUCACAUCGACGGCCAGCUAUUUGAGCGGUGGCAGUAUAAUGAAACAUGCAGCGGCAACGGCCAAUACCAAUCAACAGAAUCAGCUCAUUCAGGACCUCACCCACAUGAAAAUUACACCGGGCAGUGGUUUCUUUGCCAGCUCUGUGCCAGCUGCAACGCCAGCCACAUCGGCGGCAGUCGCAAAUAGUUCCAGCAGUGAAAGUGAUGAAUCCAAGUUGGCCAAAAAAUUGCUAGCUGCCAACAACAGCAACAACGGCAACAGCAACAGCAACAGCAAUGCAAUCAAGGCCAAAGCAACGCAGGCGGAUCUAAGAAAACAGGCACAGACCGAGGCCAUGGACAGUACAACGCAUAUUUAUGCUGAAGUUGGACCCAAGAAAAGAGAUCGAGAAGCAGCAGCAGCAGCAGCGGCGGCGGCGGCUGCAGCAGCAGCGGCAGCAACAGCGGCAACCACCACAGAGACAACGUCAGCAACAGCAACAUCGCCUUCUGCCAGCACAGGAACACCUGCAAUUGCCGCUCUUAAGAAACAAUUGCUCCAGAAGCAGUCUAGCAAUAAUAGUGGAACUACCGCCUCCGCCUUGAUAACCAAGCUUAAUCAACAGGCGACGGGACAGCCCAAAGACUCGACAGCGGAGCAGAAGAAAAACGAAGUUUCUGUGACCAGCGAAACAUUAUCCGAACGCAAUCCUCAGCAGCAGUUAACAGUGCAUAGCAUGCCCUUGGGUGCGGUCAGUAAAUCCGUGGCCAUGGCCGCCAAACCGCUUCAAGUCCAAGUGGCAGUGCCACCCCGUAAACCCAUAAGCAGUGUGGCUCCUACGAGUUCCACCACGAGCGCGAUACCCAAAAUGAUAACCUACAGUCCGAAAGUGAAUCGAGUGGCCCCGAAUGUGGUGCAAAUGGAUCCCUCACGACCGGCUCUUCCGCCGAAGCCUAGCAAAAUGUCACCCACUGAACAGGGAUCACCAGUCGAGGCAAAGCCGAGUCAAUCUCAGAGUCAGUCGCAGCCUCAGCAAACCUUUGGCCUGCAAUCGUUGAAUAUCAAUGAUAAUUUGCCCAUCAAGGCCAAACCUCUGACCAUAAGAAAGCAACCGCUUUUCGAGCAACCUCGUCUCAAAUCUGGUUCCAGUUCGAUGGCUCCUCUGGGCAAUGUGAAAUUGCAAUUGGGAAGAAAAUCGGAUGCACCUGGCCCAGUUAGUCAAGCGACAAAAUCCUCACCAGAAAUUUCACCUCAACACUCGCCCAUCAGCAAUUCCCAGUCGAGUUCCAGCGUCGAUGAGACGGAUCGAAUGACGGCAGCAACAUCGACGACAGGCGGAGCAACGGCAACGGCAGCUGAAUCAUUGGCAACAACUUCCUCCACCACAUCAGCGAAAGCAACGAAACCCAAACUAGGUCGAAGGGUAAGCUUUGAUCCGUUGGCCUUGCUAUUAGAUGCCAGUCUGGAGGGUGAAUUAGAGCUGGUGAAGAAGACAGCCAUGCAGGUGGCCAAUCCCAGUGCGGCCAACGAUGAGGGCAUCACCGCCCUACACAAUGCCAUCUGUGCCGGACACUUUGACAUAGUCAAAUUCCUAGUCGAGUUUGGUUGCGAUGUCAAUGCCCAGGAUUCGGAUGGUUGGACGCCUUUGCAUUGUGCUGCCAGUUGUAAUAAUCUCAAUAUGGUCAAGUUCCUGGUGGAGAGUGGAGCCUGUUUGUUUGCCUCAACGCUAUCGGAUCACGAGACGCCCGCCGAGAAAUGUGAAGAGGAUGAGGAGGGUUUCGAUGGCUGUUCCGAGUAUCUAUACAGCAUACAAGAGAAAUUGGGCAUACUGCAUAAUGGGGAUGUCUAUGCGGUCUUCUCGUAUGAGGCACAGAAUGCGGAUGAAUUGUCCUUCCAUGUGAAUGAGCCGCUGAUCGUCCUGAGGAAAGGAGACGAUGCCGAGAAUGAAUGGUGGUGGGCACGAAAUGCUGCAGGCGAUGAGGGCUACGUGCCGCGCAACCUGCUAGGACUCUACCCACGUGUGCCACCACAAUCGCCACAUUUCAGCGAUUAGCAGUUAAUACGCUUCACCAUACUGAAGAAAAAGGCCGGACGACUUGUGCAGAAGCGUUACAUAUCCAAGUUUAUCUAAAAAAGGCUGGCUAAUUCAGAGCACGUUCUGCCCACCCGCGCCCAUUUCCCACAUUCGGCCAAUCCACCACGACGAGCCACAUUUGUUAUGAACGAAUUAUUUAUUGCAGUUCAUAUAUAAAUAUUUUCUUAUAUUUUCUUUGGUUUCUUUUUUCUUUCCUGUUCACUUUUUGUUCUGCAAAAGCCACACGAAGGAAUGGAAUAUCGACUUACACACACACGAGAUUGUCCUCCAUAUGGGCCUAAACAUAUGGUGUGGCAAUUAUAUAUAUAUAUAUAUAGAGUCAUCUGCAUGCAACACCCAAAACACGCCUUGAAUUAGCCUUGCCUUUCUCUCUCUCUUUUUCUCCUGCAUACGUACAAUAAUUUAAAUUCCAUUUAAGCUCUGUAGGCUUAAGUUCCCUGUCCUUUCUCCCCCUCCUUCCCACAAAUCUCUGUUUGAAAUUGUUUCAAAAUUUCAAAUUUUCUGUGCAUAAAUCUAAAAAUUAUUCAUACAUGUUCGCCAUGUUAAGCAAAGCUGAAACAUUUUUCAUAUAAUAACUACAAAUUAUAUUUCGUCUGAAUAUUAAGUACUUAAAAAAAAAAACAAUUACAUAUAUCUAACUGUAAGUAUUUAAAUAUGAAAGAAAAAGAAACAAAAGAAAACGAAUUCAAUUUGUGAUUAUUUUUGUAUAGAAAUUACAAAUUAUUUAAUCAGUUUUAAUUCUUAUCAAUCAACAACAACAACUGAUUCGUUGAGCAAAAAGUAAAUUAGUUGU